CCCCUUGCAUUUCGCCCACUCGCUGGGCCUCGAGAGCGGACCCGACACGCAGGCCAAGCAGCCAGCCCACCAAUGCCCAGCCUCACCAUGGCAUCUACGCGCCCGGCUUCUUCCCUGCUUUUUGGCGACGUGGGUCGAAUGGGAAUUCCUUGCUCACCGACAGAGGUUGGCCAUUGAGUUGGGUAUUUAGACCCCUUGGUUGCGGACGAGCGGCUUGCUGCUCCCCCUCUUGUGUCGACGAGAAAGAAACCCCUCCAUCUGAUCCUCUGAUCCUCUCCUCUCCUAGGAAAGGUUGCCACAAUGCCUUUCAUCGCCAACACCCCCGAGUCCCUGAUUGGCAGGAGCGACUCCAAGAACCCCGCGACAACAUGCCGCGGCAUCACGUCGGGCGGCCGGCCCUGCCGACGACCCCUCUCAGAGGACGCCCCCGCCGGCACCGCCCCUUCCACCCCGCCACGCCGGAAGCACAGGCUGCGCGUCGACGAUCCGGCCGAUGAGGCCCUCUACUGCUGGCAGCACAAGGAGCAGGCGAGCAUCUCGGCGCACUCCAGCCCCGGCCCGCGCCUGUCGCACACCCCUAUCCUCGAGGAGCGCACCAGCAUCGACACCCUCGCCGACCGCCUCGGCCUGCUCGACGUAUCCAACAAGCCCUCUCGGAAGCACCGGCCCUCAUACAACUACAGCGCCGGCCAUUCGGCGGAGAGGCCAUCCCAUGAACCUAAGCCGCAACCCAAGUCGGAGGGGUUCUCGCUGUGUUGCUUCAGGAUACCCAUCGAUACCGACGAAGCUCCCCCACCCCCGACGCGACCCAAGCCGCGCCCAGUCCAGUCCGCCACCCCGGCCGGCGGCCCGAUAGCGGCGACCCCAACAAGGCCGGGGAAGCACCUCUCGGCGCCUUCUCCUUCCAAUGGCAGCGGUAGCGGCCGCAAGCGCCACUCGUCCUCCGGAUCGACGCAGUCCCACACUGCCGAGUACAUGUCCUUGAUCCUGCCGUCCACCAACCCGCAGACGGCGUCGCAGCUGCUCGCUGAGCUGGCCAAGCCCGUGUCGCAGACGGACGACGCCGGCUACAUCUACAUGUUCUGGUUGACCCCGGACAAGGGCGGCACCGCCUCGCCGCCCACCGACGCGGCGCGGUCGCUGCUGGCCCCACCCUCCUCGUCCCGCCAGCGACGGCCCAGCGACGUUAUGGCCUCGUUCGCGGCCGGCAGCGGCGCCCGGUCCUCGCCCGGCAAGGGCGGCAGCUCGGGCGGCAAGAAGACGAUCCUCCUCAAGAUCGGGCGGGCCAACAACGUGCAGCGGCGGCUCAACGAGUGGUCGCGGCAGUGCGAGUACGACGUGUCGCUGAUCCGCUACUACCCCUACGUCCCGUCGUCGUCGCCCAGCGGCAGCUCCGGCGCGGCCGUGCCCCGCAAGAUGCCGCACAGCCACAAGGUCGAGCGCCUGGUCCACAUCGAGCUCGCGGGCCUGGGCCUGCGCGUCGCCGACCGCGAGAAGUGCUCGUCGUGCGGCCGCGAGCACCGCGAGUGGUUCGAGGUCGAGGCCUCCCGCGCGGGUGUCGAGGUCGUUGACGAGAUCAUCAGGAGGUGGUCGACGUGGGACGAGUCGCGAGGCUGAGGCCUUUGUUUUCUUUCUGUUUUUUCUUCUUCUAGUUAUUUCCUAGGAACUCAUGGUUAAGUUGCGGUUUCUGGGUUAUAUGGGCAUACAUUGUAACGACCUGAAAGAUCAGGGCGGGGGUUAUGAUUUCAUGACUGGGAUGGACAUAUGCAUACCUGCUUUUAUUUCUUCGUGUGAGAUUGUCGGUUGCACUCUCGGCGUUGGCGGCCACAUACGUCGUACCGCUUUUCCUCAUCGCAUGUGCGUCUCUGUAAAUUAUACUUUUCGGGCACUUAUUGGACACGAGGAUAUGGUGAUCAAGAAUGACAUACGCUAUUGCGUUACUGACAACCGAGAGCUUUUGGACUGCGAGAAGUGUUACCUCUGCGCGGGCAGAUUUUCGCAACCUAAAUGGGAUCGUCUUCUAUGCCAGCAACCUCAGAGGCUUUGUCUAGACGCAAAGUUUGGUACAUCCCAUAUUCUAUAUAUAUCUAUAUAUGCACUGUUUAGCCA